GGCUUUUCCCUCGAUGACACGCAAGUCGCAAGAGGCGCUGCCGCUCCUCGCCAAGGCCGACGGCCUCGGCGACCGCUGCCCCGACGAGAUGGGCGGCUGCGCGUCCGGCCUCUUCUUCUCGUGGCUCACGCCGCUCCUCGACCUCGGGAACCGCCGCCCGCUCGAGUUUGCCGACUUGUACCAGCUCAACCGCGACGACCGUGCUGUCCAUAUCUCCAAGAGCUUCCAAGCGCAGUGGAGCCGCGAGCUACUUCUCCCGACGCCGCGCCUCUGGCGGGCCAUGGCGCGCGCCUUUGGCUGGCCCUUUGCGUACGCGGGCUUUCUCAAGCUCAUUCACGACUCGCUCCAGUUUGUCGGGCCCAUGGUGAUCAAGCUCAUCAUUGAGUUCCUCUCGCAGCCGGACGCGGACCUCCGCGUGGGCUUGAUCUACGCCGGCGCGAUCUUUGUCGCUGGCGUGAUCCAGUCGUUUGCGUUGCGCCAGUAUUUCUUCUACUGCUUUGAGACCGGUCUCCGCCUUCGGUCGGCGGUCGUCACGGCCGUGUACCACAAGUCGCUCGUGCUCUCGGCGGCGGCGAAAGGCAAGCGCUCGACGGGCGAGAUCACCAACCUCAUGAGCAUCGACGCGCAGCGGCUCCAGGAGAUCACCAACUACUCGCAUGCGAUCUGGUACGCGUUCUUCCAGAUCGUCGUGUCGUCGUACUUGCUGUACCUCCAGCUCGGCGUUGCAUUUGUCUCGGGCGUCAUUGUCAUUCUGCUAUUGAUUCCGGCGACGGCGUGCAUCUCCAAGAUGAUGCAAGCGCUCCAGGAGAAGCUCAUGGCGGUCAAGGACGAGCGCGUCAAGGUCACGUACGAAGUCCUCUCGGGCAUCAAGGUCAUCAAGCUCCAAGCAUGGGAAAACAGCUUUACGACCCGCGUCAUGGAGUUCCGCACCAACGAACUCGCGCGCCUUCGCACGUACUACAUUGCCGAUGCGUUUUCCGAUGUCGUCUACAACGGCGUCCCGUCCCUCGUGACGAUCGUCUCGUUCGCGACGUACAUCUACCUCGGCAACACGCUCGACGUGGGCACGGCGCUCACGUCGCUCGCGCUCUUUAACAUUCUGCGCUUCCCGCUUUUCAUGCUCCCGAACGUCAUCAACUCGCUCGUCGAGGCGCAAGUCUCGUUCAAGCGCCUCACCGAGUUCUUCCUCCUCGACGAGCGGUCGCAAGUGACCGCUGGCAACCUCACAGACGUCGGCAUUGCGCUGCACAAUGCGACCUUUACGUAUGAAGAAGGCGCCGAGGCGGCCCCGGCGCUGGCCAACGUCUCGCUCUCGCUUGGCUCGAAUCAAUUGAUUGCGGUCGUCGGCGCAGUCGGGUCGGGCAAGUCGACGCUCCUAUCGGGUCUCUUGGGCGACGCCACGUGCUCGAACGGCUCUGUGCACCUGAAAGGCUCGAUCGCGUACGUGAGCCAGCAGCCGUUCAUCCAGAACGCGACACUCCGCGACAACAUCACCUUUGGCCUUCCGUUCGAGCACGCCAAGUACCAAAAGGCAAUUCAAGUGAGUUCGCUUCGUGACGACCUCAAGAUCCUUCCGGGAGGCGACUUGACGGAGAUUGGUGAGAAGGGCAUCAACCUCAGCGGUGGGCAGCGCACGCGCGUGGCGAUUGCCCGUGCCGUGUACCAAGACGCCGACAUCUACCUCCUCGACGACCCGUUGGCGGCCGUUGACAGCCACGUGGGCUCGGACAUCUUUAAGCAGUGCUUCCAGACGGCGCUCAAGGGCAAGCUCGUCGUCCUCGUGACCAACGGUCUCCAGUUUCUUAAAGACUGCGACGCGGUCGUCGUCAUUGCGAGCGGCAAGGUCGCCGAGCUUGGCACGUUCGCCGACGUCUCGGCCAUUCCAGGCGGCGUGCUGGCCACGCUUCUCGAAAGCGUCCAGGAAGCGCCGGCCGAAGAAACGUAUGCGGUGACCGAGACGGACGAGAUGGAGGACGCAGCCAAUGACGGUGACGACGGCGUCCCGCGCCGCCGUGGGUCGUCGAUGCGCAGCGACACGGACGGCGAGACGAAUAAGGACCAGAACGGCGCGCUCAUUCUCGAUGAGGACCGCGCGACGGGCGACGUGCCGUGGGCGACCUACAAGGUGUGGAUUCGCGCGUGCGGCGGCUUUGGCGUCGCGGCCGCCGUCGUUCUUUUCUUCGUUCUCUCGCAGGUCGUCAACCUCGCGUCGACGUUCUGGCUCUCGUACUGGUCGGAGCAGGCCGGGUCGUCGCAGUCGGACCAAAUGUACUACUUUUGGAUCUUCACAGCGCUCAACGUGGGCUACACGGCCUCUGUCUUUGUGCGCAUUUUAACGCUGUACCUCGCCGGGCUCCGUGGCUCCAAGGUGCUCUUCCAGCAGCUGCUCACGCAAGUGCUGCGCGCGCCCACGUCGUUCUUUGAUACGACGCCGCUCGGCCGCAUCGUCAACCGCCUCUCGAAAGACGUCUAUGCGAUCGACGAGUCGAUUCCGUCGACGUGGGGCAUGCUCUUUGGCACGAUUUUCUCGGUGCUCACGACGAUUGCGACCGUCGUGUACGUCACGCCGUACUUUACCUUGGUGCUUCUCCCGCUCGGCGCGCUCUACUAUGUGUCGCAGCGCUACUUUGUCAAGACGUCGCGCGAGCUCCAGCGCCUCGACUCGAUCUCGCGCUCGCCCGUCUACGCACUCUUCACCGAGACGCUCGAGGGCAUUGCGACCAUCCGGGCGUUUGGCGCCGAGACGCAGUUUGCGGCCCGCAACGAAGACCUCCUCGACCGCAACCAGCGCGCGUACUUUUUGAAUUUCUCGGCCAACUGCUGGCUCGCACUCCGCCUCGAGUUUGCGGGCACGGUCGUCGCGACGUCGGCGGCCUUGUUUGCGGUCUGCGGGCACCAAGCCGACAACAGCGUUGCGUUCGCGGGCCUUGCCGGCGUCUCGCUCUCGUACGCGUUCUCGGUCACGCAGUCGCUCAACUGGUCGGUGCGCAUGAUCAGCUCGAUCCAAACUCAAAUGGUGUCGGUCGAGCGCAUCCACAACUACUGCGUCCUCGACACGGAAGCCGACUUGUAUGCGCCGACGACCGUCCAGGCCAAGCUCCAAGCAUCGGCGUGGCCCAGCGACGGCCAAGUCACGUUUGACAGCGUCGACCUGCGCUACCGCCCGGGUCUUCCCCGCGUGCUCCGGAAGCUCAGCUUUCGCAUUGGUCGCAACGAGAAGAUCGGUAUCGUCGGCCGCACGGGCGCGGGCAAAUCGAGUCUCGUCGUUGCCUUGAUGCGCAUCGUCGAGCCGUGCGGCGGUCGCAUCCUCAUCGACGGCGUCGACAUUGCGACCAUUGGUCUCCAUGAUCUACGCGAGAAGAUCGCCAUCAUUCCCCAAGACCCGGUGCUCUUCUCGGGCUCGAUCCGGUCCAACUUGGAUCCGUUCUCGCGCUACGACGACGCGGCGCUGUGGGUGGCCGUCAAGCGUGCGCACCUUGAGUCAGCGGUCACGUCGCUCGACGACAAGGUCGACGAACGCGGCAUGAACUUUAGCGUCGGCGAGCGGCAGCUGAUUUGCAUUGCGCGUGCGCUACUGAAGAAGGCGAAAGUGAUUCUCAUGGACGAAGCGACCGCGUCGAUUGACGCCAACACGGACCGGCUCAUCCAGCAGAGCAUCCGCGAAGAGUUUGUCGACUGCACGACCUUGACGAUCGCGCACCGCAUCAACACGAUCUUGGACUGCGACCGCAUUCUGGUCAUGGACAAGGGCGGUGCGGCCGAGUUUGAUGCGCCGAGCGAGCUGCUCAAGAACCCGAAGGGCCUCUUUACCAACCUCGUCGACCACUGGCGCGAUGCCGACGAGUCCUAAACGUAAUCACACCUAGGACAUAUUGUGCAUGUUCGAAUCCAGUGGGAUACUUUAGUACACGUCGUAUCCGUGCAUAGACCUUGUGUAAAGCCC